AUGAGGGUCUUCCUGCUUUUGGGACUGGUCGCCGUCGCCCUGGCCGACAUCGCUCGCUUUGAUGGAGACCAAGUAUUGCGGCUGAAACCAGUGUAUGAUGAACAUGUUACGAUCAUCCAGGAAUUGGCACAAACCAUAGAGCUCGACUUCUGGAGCCCCGAGAGCGCGGAGUUGGUGACCACAGACAUCGACGUGGACAUUCAUGUACCCGCCUUGUACCAGGAAAUGGUGCACACCAUGCUGCUGCAAAGUAACAUGAAGCAUGAGGUCCUGAUUGACGACCUGCAAGCUGCUGUUGAGGAACAGACGGAUAAUCAGCCUUCACCUAGAAGCCACAGCUACACCAAGUACAACAGCUGGGACAAAGUCCAGGCAUGGAUUGCAUCGAUUUCCUCCUCCAACUCCAAUCUGAUUAGUAAACAAGUGAUUGGGAAUACCUACGAGGGACGCCCCAUGACACUCCUUAAGCUUGGUAAGAAAAGCAGCUCCACCAAGCCAGCCAUCUUCAUGGACUGCGGCAUCCAUGCUAGAGAGUGGAUCUCCCCUGCUUUCUGCCAGUGGUUUGUCAAGGAGGCUCUGUCCACCUAUGGCAAAGAUUCUCAAAUGACCAGCCUUCUCAACCAGAUGGAUGUCUACGUCCUUCCUGUCUUCAACAUUGAUGGCUACGACUACACUCAUAAGAGUAACAGGAUGUGGAGAAAAACUCGCUCUAGGAGAUCUGGAUCGGGCUGCAUCGGUGCUGAUCCCAACAGGAACUGGAACGCUGGCUGGUGCACAAUUGGAGCCUCGAGCAGCCCCUGCAGCGACACCUUCUGCGGCUACAGACCUGAGUCUGAAAUUGAGGUCAAGAAUGUGGCCGACUUUAUCCGCAGGAACAAGUCCGCCAUCAAGGCCUACAUCACCAUCCAUUCUUACUCGCAGCUGCUCCUCUUCCCCUACUCGUACACCUACGACCAUGCCCCGCACCACAAUGAGCUGAUGAAGAUUGCUCAGGGAGCUUCUAGCGCUCUGCGCAGACUGUAUGGAACCCGUUACACCAGUGGACCUGGUGCAGCGACCAUCUACCCCGCUGCCGGUGGCUCCGACGACUGGGCCUACGACCUGGGUAUAAAAUACUCCUUCACCUUCGAGCUGCGCGACACCGGUCGUUAUGGCUUCUUGCUGCCAGAGUCUCAAAUCAAGCCCACGUGCGAAGAGACCAUGCUGGCCGUCAAGUACAUUGCCGGCUAUGUGCAGAAGAACCUCUAUUAA